AUGGAAGAGACUUACAAGGACAGGACUUCACUGAUGAAGGGUGCCAAGGACAUUGCCAAAGAGGUGAAGAAACAAACAGUAAAGAAAGUGAAUCAAGCAGUGGACCGGGCCCAGGAUGAAUACACCCAGAGGUCCUACAGUCGCUUCCAAGAUGAAGAGGACGACGAUGACUAUUACCCGCCGGGGGAACCCUACGAUGGGGAAGCCAAUGACGAUGAAGGCUCAAGUGAAGCUACUGAGGGUCAUGACGAAGACGAUGAAAUCUACGAGGGCGAGUAUCAGGGCAUCCCCAGGAUGAACCAGGGGAAAGACAGCAUAGUGUCCAUGGGGCAGCCCAAGGGUGACGAGGGCAAGGACAGACAGGAGCUGGAGUCCGAGAGGAGAGCGGACGAGGAAGAGCUGGCCCAGCAGUAUGAGCUGAUAAUCCAGGAGUGCGGUCAUGGGCGUUUCCAGUGGGCCCUUUUCUUCGUCCUGGGCAUGGCUCUCAUGGCGGACGGUGUGGAGGUGUUUGUCGUUGGCUUUGUGUUGCCCAGUGCUGAGACAGACCUAUGCAUACCAAAUUCAGGAUCCGGAUGGCUAGGCAGCAUAGUGUACCUCGGGAUGAUGGUGGGGGCGUUCUUCUGGGGAGGACUGGCAGACAAAGUGGGAAGGAAACAGUCUCUUCUGAUUUGCAUGUCUGUCAACGGAUUCUUUGCCUUCCUUUCUUCAUUUGUCCAAGGUUAUGGCUUCUUUCUCUUCUGUCGCUUACUUUCUGGAUUCGGGAUCGGAGGAGCCAUUCCCACCGUGUUCUCCUACUUUGCUGAAGUACUGGCCCGGGAGAAGCGGGGUGAGCAUCUGAGCUGGCUCUGCAUGUUCUGGAUGAUUGGUGGCAUCUACGCCUCGGCCAUGGCCUGGGCCAUCAUCCCGCACUAUGGGUGGAGCUUCAGCAUGGGGUCCGCCUACCAGUUCCACAGUUGGCGUGUGUUUGUCAUUGUCUGUGCGCUUCCCUGUGUCUGCUCCGUGGUGGCCCUCACGUUCAUGCCUGAAAGCCCGCGGUUCUUGCUGGAGGUUGGAAAACAUGACGAAGCUUGGAUGAUUCUGAAGUUAAUUCAUGACACCAACAUGAGGGCACGGGGGCAGCCUGAGAAGGUCUUCACGGUGAACAAAAUCAAAACCCCUAAACAGAUUGAUGAGCUGAUUGAAAUUGAGAGUGACACAGGAACAUGGUACAGGAGGUGUUUUGUUCGGAUCCGCACAGAACUGUAUGGAAUUUGGCUGACAUUUAUGAGAUGUUUCAACUACCCAGUCAGGGAAAAUACAAUAAAGCUUACAAUUGUUUGGUUCACCCUGUCCUUUGGGUACUAUGGAUUAUCUGUUUGGUUCCCUGAUGUCAUUAAACAUCUGCAAUCGGAUGAAUAUGCAUCACUAACUAAAAAUGUGCAGAGAGAUAAAUAUGCAAAUUUCAGUAUUAACUUUACAAUGGAAAAUCAGAUUCAUACUGGAAUGGAAUACGACAACGGCAGAUUCCUAGGGGUCAAGUUCAAAUCUGUAACUUUCAAAGAUUCGGUUUUUAAGUCCUGCACCUUUGAGGAUGUGACUUCAGUCAACACCUACUUCAAGAACUGCACAUUUAUUGAUACUGUUUUUGACAACACAGAUUUUGAGCCAUAUAAAUUCAUUGACAGCGAAUUUCAAAACUGCUCGUUUUUUCACAACAAGACAGGAUGCCAGAUUACCUUUGAUGAUGACUAUAGUGCCUACUGGAUUUAUUUCGUCAACUUCCUGGGAACACUGGCGGUGUUGCCAGGGAACAUCGUAUCUGCUCUCCUGAUGGACAGAAUCGGGCGCUUAACGAUGCUAGGUGGCUCUAUGGUGCUUUCGGGGAUCAGCUGUUUCUUCCUUUGGUUCGGCACCAGUGAAUCCAUGAUGAUAGGCAUGCUGUGUCUGUACAAUGGAUUGACCAUCUCGGCCUGGAACUCUCUUGAUGUGGUCACUGUGGAACUAUACCCCACAGACCGGAGGGCAACAGGCUUUGGCUUCUUGAAUGCAUUAUGCAAAGCAGCAGCCGUCCUGGGAAACUUAAUAUUUGGCUCCCUGGUCAGCAUCACCAAAGCAAUCCCCAUCCUGCUGGCUUCUACUGUGCUCGUGUGUGGGGGACUCGUGGGGCUGCGUCUGCCUGACACAAGAACCCAGGUUCUGAUGUAA